AAGCUGUUCUUCCCAAAGCUGGUGAGCGCCGAGCUGGGCUUGCUGUGCCUCCACUCGGUCGCCCUGGUUUCCAGGACCUUCCUCUCCAUCUAUGUGGCAGCCCUCGAUGGGAAGAUUGUGAAGAGCAUCGUGGAAAAACAGCCCAGGAGCUUUGUUUUCAAAUUAAUCAAAUGGCUGAUGAUUGCCAUCCCGGCUACUUUUGUGAACAGCACCAUACGGUACCUGGAGUGCAAGCUGGCCCUCGCCUUCCGCACGCGCCUGGUGGAUCACGCCUAUGAGACCUACUUUGCCAACCAGACUUACUACAGGGUGAUCAGCAUGGAUGGGCGGCUGGCCAACCCUGACCAGUCCCUCACCGAGGACAUCAUGAUGUUCUCGCAGUCCGUGGCACAUCUCUACUCCAACCUCACCAAGCCCAUCCUGGAUGUCGUGCUCACCUCCUACACCCUCAUCCGCACAGCGCGGUCCCGUGGGGCCAACCCCAUCGGGCCCACGCUCCUGGCUGGGCUCGUCGUCUACGCUACAGCCCGUGUGCUCAAAGCCUGCUCGCCCAAGUUUGGCAAGCUGGUGGCUGAGGAGGCACACAAGAAGGGCUACCUGCGCUUCAUGCAUUCACGCAUCAUCGCCAACGUGGAAGAGAUCGCUUUUUACCGGGGGCACAAGGUAGAAAUGAAACAACUACAGAAAAGCUACAAGGCUUUGGCAGACCAAAUGAAUCUCAUUUUGUCCAAACGUUUAUGGUACAUCAUGAUAGAGCAGUUCCUGAUGAAGUAUGUCUGGAGCAGCUGUGGUAUGAUUAUGGUCGCUGUGCCCAUCAUCACCGCAACAGGAUUUGCAGAUGGCGAAUUGGAAGAUGGCCAGAAACAGGCAAUGGUUAGUGAAAGAACAGAAGCUUUUACAACAUCACGAAACUUGCUGAUCUCUGGAGCAGAUGCUAUUGAAAGGAUUAUGUCUUCAUACAAAGAGGUUACUGAGCUAGCAGGCUACACUGCCCGUGUCUACAACAUGUUCUCGGUCUUUGAUGAGGUGAAGAGAGGUAUCUACAAAAGAACUGCUGUUAUUCAAGGGUCUGAAAACAACAGCAAGAAUGAAGACAAAGCAGAAUUAAACAUUGAUGGGCCCUUAGAAAUCAAAGGGAAAGUUAUUGAUGUUGAUCAUGGAAUUAUUUGUGAAAAUGUUCCUAUUAUUACUCCGAAUGGCGAUGUGGUGGUUUCCAGACUAAACUUCAAAGUCCAGGAGGGGAUGAAUCUUCUAAUCACUGGACCCAAUGGCUGUGGAAAGAGUUCACUCUUCAGAAUUUUAAGUGGUUUGUGGCCUGUGUAUGAAGGAGUUCUCUACAAACCCUCUCCGCAGCACAUGUUUUAUAUACCACAAAG